AUGACUCGGCAGCAGCAGGUCACAAGGCUGAAGGCUCCGCUUCGGGCUGCGCAGCAAGAGGGAGACAGGGAAAUAGGGUUUGGCAGAGAUUUGGUUUGCAAGUGUAAUGGCGCUUCAAUUUUAUCUGAACUGGUAAAACAUGUCUAUUCUGAAAAUAUCACAGUUGCAGUGGAAAAUGAAUCUGCAGCCGCAACAUUGAAAGUGGAAGUGGAAGGAAAGAAAGAGGAUCUUGCCCAUAGAAGACUGAAGAAGGGCGCAAUUUCAGCUGAGAACUAUGCUCGGAGAAUGGCACAGAAUAAGGAGUUCUGUAUAGUUGAUAAUUACAUUCGAGGCAGUAGUGGAUGGGAAGAAUUAGAUAAAAACUAUCCUUGA